UGGUGAUCAUACGCUAUCAGCGUUCUUUUCUCCAUCGGCCGUCCCACCACACACUCUUUCUGUCGUCGAUUUCCUUCCUUAUGCUCAAAGCUACAAAUCCAGAUCUGAGAUCACAAUCAGGUAUCAAAUCUAAAACCAUCAUUUCAUCUCAUCCCCACAAAUAAAAUCUCACUUCUGAUCCCAGAUCUUGCGCACACAAACAACAACAAUCCAUAAAAAGACUCUGCUUUAGUUGCUUGCCGAUCUAUCCGGUUCUCUCUCGCCAGAUUCACUUUUUUGCUAUCAACCAUGUGGAGAAUCAAACAAUUCAUGCCAAAGGAGAAGUCCGGACUCGAAGGUCGCAUGAUUGACAUUGGAAAUCUAAAAAUUCAAGUUCGCAAUGUGAUAGCUGAGGGUGGAUUCUCUUGUGUUUACUUGGCUCAAGAUGCUCUAAAUGGUUCAAAGCAAUAUGCACUAAAACACAUGAUAUGUAACGAUGAAGAAUCUCUAGAUCUUGUGAAGAAAGAAAUAUCCGUGAUGAAAUCACUUCAAGGACACCCAAACAUUGUCAUGCUAUGUGCACAUACUUUCUUGGAUACAGGGCGCACAAAGGAAGCACUACUUGUUAUGGAAUUUUGUGAUAAAUCUCUGGUUAAUGUGCUGGAAAGCAGAGGUGCUGGCUUCUUUGAAGAGAAACAAAUUCUUCAAAUAUUCAGAGAUGUCUGUAAUGCAGUUUUUGCUAUGCACUGCCAGUCACCACCCAUUGCUCACCGUGACUUGAAGGCAGAGAAUAUUUUGCUUGGAUCUGAUGGAUUAUGGAAGUUAUGUGACUUUGGUAGCACCUCAACGAAUCAUAAACGUUUUGAAAGGCCUGAAGAAAUGGGCAUUGAAGAAGACAAUAUAAGAAAACACACAACACCUGCCUAUAGAUCCCCUGAGAUGUGGGAUUUGCUUCUGAGAGAAGUUAUAAGCGAGAAAGUUGAUAUAUGGGCACUUGGGUGUCUACUAUUCCGCAUCUGUUACUUCAAGUCUGCAUUUGAUGGUGAAUCGAAGCUACAAGUAUUGAAUGGAAAUUAUCGCAUUCCAGAAAUGCCAAAGUACAGCUCAUCAAUAACAGAUCUCAUCAAGGACAUGCUGCAAUCUUUUCCAUCUUCCAGACCAGACAUCACGCAGGUGUGGUUUCGAGUUAAUGGCCUAUUACCCGAUGAAUCUCAGAAGUCUUUACCCGAUAGACCACCUGAAAUGCUCCAAGCUGACAUCCAUGAAGGUCUUUCAAAGCCUGCAAAUAAAUCUAGCCCGGUGCCUCGUAGAAGCCCACCGCCGCCACCAACCACCACCACCGCUGAGUCAUCCCGGAACGAGGGAAGUGGUGGGCCCAUGGGUGCUUUCUGGACAACUCAGCAUGCUAAGGAAUCAGCUGUUGUUGAAGAGCUUAAAUUUGAUGAAGAGGCAAGUGGGGCUGAGAGAUUUACUUUACACAGAACUAGUCCUCCGAAAAACGAAGGUCGCCAUUCGCGGUCCUCGCAAAAAAUGGUGCAGGGGAAGUCGGGUCCUUCAAAGGACUUUGAAAUGAACUUUUUCCCAGAAGGUGGUCCAAAAUCUAAUGAUGGUUUUAAUGCUUUUGCAAGUGAGUUUGGCAUGAAUAGAGUUGGGAAGGAAGAGGAGUUAGAGGGUGAAGUAGAAAGAUUAAGGGAAGAGCUGAAGCAGGUUAAUAUGGAGAAAAAUGAAUUGAUUUCUAAAUAUGAAAAGUUAUCUGCUAUUUGUCGAUCACAGAGACAAGAGCUACAUGAGCUGAAGCAGCAAACUCUUGCUUCUACAACUCCAUCUUCAAAUAAAAGCAGCUCUAAAACCCAGCCAUCUCCUGGAAUUCAACACCAGUCUCCAUCUCCAUCUCCACAGCAGAAAGAGAAAGAUGGAAGAGUUUGGGAGGUUGAAAAGGGAUUAUUUGAUAAAGGGUCCCCAGUCCCAAGCCUAAGCCCUGAACAAAACUCAUGGCAGGCUUUUCCUGAGGAGAAUCCCACAAACAACUCCAAAUCCGUUAGAACAAGAAACGGGCACCAGAACAAGCCAGCGGCUGAAGGCGGCACCACCAAUUGGGGUUUUGGAGCAGAAAGCUUCACAGCGGUUCCUGCUGCUGCUGGCUCUCACUCUCAGGCAAACACAACACCUAAUAUCAGCACCACCACCAAUUCUGGGCGUUCUCGUUAUGGGGAGGACUUCAAAAACAAAGAAAGUAAGUCGGCUUCCCGACCUGCUGGAUGGGCUGGUUUCUAGUCUUGCUGAUGUUAUUAUUAUUAUUAUUAUAUAAUCAUGUGUUCAAAAAAGAUACUUGUCUUGUGAUCUUGUCAACAUUUUAAGAAAACUGGUUGGGGUAUUAUUAUAUCUGAAACAAAUGAUUGUUGAUUUGUUGCUA